AUACGCAUAUAGACUUCCCUGCUUACACUUAUGGUGUGGAAUAAACGAAUAUCACCAUCAACACUCUUUUGUCUUGUCAUUACAUUCAUCGCAUUUAUACGAGCAUGUAAUCUGUAUCGUGAUUCAACCAAAAGUCUUCGUCCAUCCAAAAGUCAUUUAGACAACAAUGAUCUCGACCUCUUAAAUGCGAGAAAAAAAAUUUACGAUCCACUAGUCAUUGGAGCCAAACCCUCUAAUAUAUUCUAUUUUAUCCAAGUUUCUGACAUACACAUUUCUCGAUUCAAGACAAAAGGCCAUACUCAAAACUUUUUACACUUUCUCCAGUCAUCGCUUCCAACCAUCAAACCAGAGUUUGUGGUUGUUACGGGUGAUUUAACAGAUGCAAAAGAUCCCGGAGGAGUGAAUUCUUAUCAAUCAGCCGAAGAGUGGGAAAUUUACGAAAAAGCUGUAAAAGAAAGAGGAUCAGACACACCGUGGUAUGAUUUGCGAGGAAACCACGAUUGCUUCAACAUGGCUUCCUGGUCCUCCGAUCAAAACCUCUAUCGCAAAUACGGAAAGAGUGCCUCACUUGUAGAACAAGGCCAGGGAGUUUACAGCUGGAGCGCCAAUAAGACUUUUGGACAAUACAAAUUUAUUGCUGCUGAUGUGUGUCCCAAAAAGGGUCCAGCUCGACCUUUCAACUUUUUCGGUUACAUGCCUUCAACCACUAUGGAUCGACUAGAGGCAGAAGUCUUGGAAGGAUCAUACAACCACACUUUUCUUUUUGUGCAUUAUCCUACCACAACUGUACUCUUCGGUACUUCUUCAACUGGCCACACUUACCACGACAUUGCCCAGCAUAUUAGUGUCUACUUUUGUGGCCAUCUUCAUCGUCUUGUUGCUGGUCUAGGCGAUGUAUUGAAAUCUUAUGAUCCAACAUCCGACACACUUGAGCUCGAGGUUGGAGACCUCAAGGACCAUGGCGCAUACCGAAUUGUCGCCGUCGACCACGAUUUGGUUUCAUUUGUGGACGUUGACCUACCAUUGGCGCAAAUAGGAGCCUUUGAACCCUCGCCGGAACUGGAGUGGCCCGAUCCGCCUAUCAAACCUGCGCCGGUCAUCUUGAUCACCAAUCCAAAAGACGCCCAGUUUACAUUAGCCCACAAAGAACCAAUUGCUCGAAUUGGCACAAGUACCCAUAUCCGAAUGCUCAUCUUCUCUGAAUACAGCCCGGAUGAGCUCAAAGUCCGGCUGUCUGUCGACGGAAACCGCCACCCAUUCCCGGCCUUGUUUGUCGGAAACUCGUCGUUGCCGCUCUGGGUGUCUUCUUGGGAAGCCAACGACUUUAAUGACUUUCAGACCCACAACCUGGUUGUUCAGGUCACAGCACCAGAUGGACAAGUAGGCCAAUCCGAGGUAUUGUUCCGAGUUGAUCAUUCGCGCCUCUACAUCAAGUCAGGCAUUUUUGGCAAAUUGGUCAUGAAGGGCCAGCUCGCGACCACCCUGCGAGGACUUUCGAUCCUGGCCGUAGUUGGCUUACUGACCUUGCUGCUGGUGCCAAAAGUGUGGGCAGAUAUCUACCCGUCUAAAGGAGACCAGAUCUUGGUCGAAAUCCACAAACUGGACCAGGUAGACCAGAGUCCUUAUCAAGGUCUCUACAGACAGUGUCUCUUGUGGUACUUGCGCUUCGUACGACUCCCCCAGGUUGACUUCCUGAGCUGGUUUAUGUGUUGGAUUACAAUCCUUAGCCUGGUGUGCUUGCCUUGGUUCAGGGCAGAGUUUAUCCCCACCGGAGAGACGGCCGACGAACGACUGGGAACUUUUUACAUGUGGGGACUUGUUCUCAAUCAACAAUGGAUUCCGCUCUCCGACACCUGGAUGUAUGCCACCAUGCACUUUUGCGACGACAUUGCUGUCUUUGUUCUCCUGUUUGCCUGGCGUACAGUUGAUUCCUGUGAUCUUUAUUGUCGCAGUAACCCCAAUAGCAACAGUAACGAUGGCCACCGCUCUCAGCAGCUUUAUGAACGGGCCUGGUUCAAGGGUUUCGAGAUCGUCUAUCUGUUGUGGCGGAUAUCCGAACUUGCGGCGCUUGCAGCUUUCUACGGUGGUUUCUGGCCUUACUUUUUCGAGAGUAUUUUGUGGCUCUGGUCGGCUUAUGUGGGCUACGUUCUGUUGCUAGGAGCCAAACACGGCUUACUGCGAAAACGAUCUAGAUCAGAUAGAAUUGGAGUUAUUCUGGAAGGCUGCCCUGGGUGUCUUGAAGGAACACCAAACCAACAACAACUUCCAUUUACCUUGGAUACCCAAAGAGAAAGAGGGGGAGGAGUAGAUAGGCAAGCUAACGACAAUGAAGAGGCAGCACCAUUGCUUGUAAACUCUUCUGUGCCAGAGUCCACGGGUUUGUCGAGUGGGAUCACAAGCUCUAGUCCGUUGCUGGAUUCUAGCGAAGGACCUGUUCAGGUCAAGAGUCGAAAGCGUGGAACACGAUCUCCGACAGAGGCAUCGACAGAUUAAAAUAAUAGUAACAAUAAUGCCUUUUUGAUAUAAAGGCCAUAUACAUAUACAUAUAUUGGAGUGUCGUUUUAUAGAUACAAAAGUUGAUCUUAACAAAGUGUAUAAAUAAGUGAGACGAAGAGAUGAAUUAUAUUUACUCUUACUCCUAU